CUGCACGAAUCUUAAUGGAAGAAGGUCUUAGAAGAAGUCCGCGUCUAGUGACGGCUUCGAAUCGAAAAGUUUAUCGAAGAAAUCGAAAGAAGCUUCAAGUUUCGUCUUCUAAUUCUAUGGAUGAAAUUCCAAGUUUUAGUUUGGGUAUAUCACAAAUUUCGGGAGAGAAGAACAAUGAGGAGAAGAACAAUGAGGAGAAGAACAAUGAGGAAGAAAACAAGAAGCAAAAGAAAGGUAAAAAACGAGUUAAAGAGGUUAAAACAAUGAAGAAAUCAAAAAAAAUAUGUGUUACUUUGGCAUCUACAUCGAAGAAAAUCGUUGACAGUGAUGAUGAUUUUGAGGAUUUACCUCCUCAAUUUCAGUCAAAAAGUUUGAAAAAUAAAGAUGGAUUGGAGAAGAAAAGGCCGGUGAAUGAUGGAAAAACACGAAAUCGUUUACCCAAAAGUGUCAUUCUACCAGAGAGUAGAUAUCCGGAUCGUAAAUUCUGGAAACAUCCUGAUGUUGUGUAUAUUUCGAGUAGGUGGUCAUGUUACACUAAUCAUAGUGUCAUUGAACAAAUCAAACUAUCUUUAUCUGAUAAACAACUUGAGAUGUUUAGGAAUACAUGUUUUGGGUACUUUCUUGACCUUCCAAAAUCAAGCACACAACUACAACUUAUUCAUUGUCUUAUAAAUAGAGAGUUAAAACACACACCGGAUGAUGUGUUUGCUAUUGAAAUAAAUAACAAAAAGUUAUUUUUUGGUCUUAGAGAAUUUGGGAUAGUUACAGGCUUAAAUUGUGUUGGUGAUGGCACAUCUAUCAAUGUUCCCAAUUCUAGAUGUAGUUUGAUGAGUAGUUAUUUUCCGGAAAAAAUCACAGUUCCAAAGAGUCAUCUACGUGCACUGUUUUUAGCUAAAAAAUUCAUAGAUGAUGACUCGACUGUUUCAUUGGCUGUUCUAUACUUCAUUAAUGAUUUUUUAUUUUCAUAUGAGGACAACGAAUACCAAAUUAGCAAUAGAGAUUUUUACCUUGUGGAAAGUGGAAAAUUCAAUUCAUAUCCGUGGGGUUUAGAUGUCUACAAAAAGUUGUCUGAUUCUGUGAGGCAUGAGCUUAAGUCAACACAUAAGUACUAUAGAAUUGGUGGCUUGCCUCUUGCUCUUCAAAUUUGGAUAUUUGAGUGUUGUUCAAAGGUUGAUGAAGAUAUAGCUAUUCGUGUUGCUGAUUCUAUUCCAAGAAUCUUGAAUUGGAAGACAAUUGCAGAAAGUCCAUGGUUAAAAUAUAUUGAGAAAUGUCUCUUCAUGCCUACAAAAAACAAGUUUGAGAACAUAGUGGCCAGUGAAGAUGAAGUAUCCAAAUUCAGGCUUCCUGAAACUCGUGAUUACCAUGCUGAAAUUUUGAAAUUGGAGCCUAAAGGAUCAAAUCAUGGUCUAGACAUUUUGACCAAUGAAGUCAUAGAAUUGAGAAAAGAGCUUGUAAAAGUGAAUGAAAAUAACAAAGCGCUUGAAGAGAAGAUUGAUUUAGGAUUCAAUCAAAUCAAAGAAUUUGUGGUGAACUCAAACAAACAAUUAUUGGAGGAUAUUUCUUUGCUGUUUGCUAAGAGUGGUGGUAGCAGCUCUGUUAUUCGAGAAGUUAAGGAACCAUCUAAGAAUUAA